AUGUGGAUCCAGUGCUGUUUGGAUAGAGCCCUUGGGAAUGAAGCAUGGUUUCAGCUGUUUCCACGGGUGCAGGGUGAAUAUAUGGAAAGGAUUGGCUCGGAUCACAGGGCAUUACUGCUACGCUUGGCUAAUGAUAAUGUUUCUAGAUCAGGAAGGUUCAUUUUUAACAAAAGAUGGAUCUCUAAACCGGAUUUCGCUGCGGUGGUUCAAUCAGGUUGGAACAAAGGCGUGACUACGGGACAAACAUCUGUGAUGAGUCGGAUUGCGGAGUGUAGAAGAACUAUUUCUGGAUGGAAAAGAUCACAAAAUCUGAAUUCCAAAGUGCGGAUACAGCAGGUUAGAGAGCAACUGGAUGCAGAGGGUACCAAAAUACAUCCUAACUUUCAGCUUAUGCGGGAUCUGCGCUGGGAACUGGCUGAGAAUUAUCGAGCAGAAGAGCUUUAUUGGAAGGAAAGGAGUCGAGAACAAUGGUUGCAGGGGGGUGACCGCAACACGAAGUUUUUUCACGGUAGUGUUCAACGGCGUAGGAUUCAGAAUAAGAUUUUAUCUCUUUUUGAUGAAAAUGGUGUAGAGCAGUUCUCUGAGGGGUCUAAAGGAGAGGUGGCCGUGGCAUAUUUCCGCAAGAUGUUUACUAGCUCAAAUCCUAGUGCCAUAAUGGAAGCUCUAGAUGGGAUGGUGCCUCGUGUCACUGAUAGUAUGAAUGCAGAACUAAUUCGCCCGGUUUCUGCAUUGGAAAUAAAGAAUGCAGUUUUUAGCAUCAAAGGGGAGAAGACGCCAGGGGCGGAUGAUAUGUCUAAUCCCGAAGGUGCAGAAUCCUACUCGCAUGACCAACCUAAGGCCUAUCAGUCUGUGUUCUUAUCAUACACUCAAGGUACCUUUGUGUCGGGUCGCCUCAUAACUGAUAACAUACUUUUAGCACACGAAUUGGUCCAUGCGCUUCAGACGAAAGCAGGUUGUAAUGAGGAAUUUCUAGCCAUUAAGACAGAUAUGUCUAAAGCCUACGACAGAGUAGAGUGGAAUUUUCUUGAAGAACUGCUUAUUAGGCUUGGUUUUGAUAUUAAAUGGGUUAACUGGAUUAUGAGCUGUGUGCGUUCAGUUACCUUCUCGGUUCUCAUUAACGGGAAGGAACAUGGCUUCAUUAAACCAGAGAGGGGGAUUAGACAAGGGGAUCCUUUGUCCCCCUUUCUCUUUAUUCUCUGUGCGGAGGCACUAGUCCAUGUGAUGAACAAGGCAGAGCAAGAGGGUAGACUCACGGGGCUGAAACUUACACCGGAGUGUCCUUCGAUCCAGCACCUCCUUUUUGCUGAUGACAGCCUAUUUCUGUGUCGUGCUAGUCUUUUGGAAUGCUCAAACCUGUUACAGUGUUUAAGGUUGUAUGGAGAUGCGUCUGGUCAAGAGAUAAAUCUCCAAAAAUCAUCGAUAACCUUUGGAAAGAAGUUAGAUCCGUACAUGAGGAGGGUUAUCGGUUUGUUUACGGGUAUUGAACAAGAGGGAGGGGCUGGUAAGUACUUAGGCCUCCCUGAAUGCUUUAGUGGCUCCAAGAAGGACAUGUUAGCGUAUAUAACAGAUAGAUUAACAUCUCGAUUACGCGGUUGGUUCGAGAAAACAUUGUCCUUGGGGGGAAAAGAAGUUUUGCUUAAAGCAGUGGCGCUUGCUCUUCCGGUGUAUGCGAUGUCCUGCUUUAGGCUAUCGAAACACCAAUGUAAGAAGAUAACGAGUGCGAUGGCUAACUUUUGGUGGAAUGCAGUGGAGGAGAAGCAGAAGAUGCAUUGGGUUUCUUGGGAGAAAAUGUGUAAGUCAAAGGAUCAGGGUGGCUUAGGAUUCAGGGAUAUAGGCCGUUUUAAUCAAGCUCUUCUUGCGAAGCAAGCUUGGCGCCUCCUGGAUGCACCAUCUUCGUUACUGGCACGGGUGUAUAAAGCAAGAUAUUUUCCCUCGAUAUCGUUUAUGGAGGCUAAUCUUGGUCCGCGACCGUCUUAUGCUUGGAGAAGUAUAUUAUUUGGGAGAGAGUUGUUGGAAAAGGGCCUCAUGAAGUCCAUAGGUGAUGGUUUGGAUACCAACGUUUGGCUGGAUAAGUGGGUUUUUGAUGAGCUUCCACGGAGACCAUGUAAUAAGGAGCAGAUGAUAAAUUUGAAUCUCCGAGUGUCUGAACUUAUCACUAAUCAAGGGGACUGGAAUCUGCAGGCUCUUCAGGAACUUUUUCCCCCCUGUGAUGUUAUCAAAAUAAGAUCAUUUCCCCCGGAUACGCGGCUUCAAGAUAGGUUGGUAUGGGCGUAUACGAAUAAUGGACACUACUCAGUAAAGAGUGGUUAUUGGUUGAGCUCUAAAGCUAUGGAGGUCCCGGGUGGCGAAUCAGAGGGCUCACGAGUGUUGAAUGAACUAAAACAAAAGGUUUGGACAGUUGAGACAGCUCCAAAAAUAAGAAUGUUUCUAUGGAGAGUCCUCUCAGGUGCUAUAGCAGUUGCGGACUGCAUGAGGAAUCAUGGUCUACAAGUUAAUCCGAUAUGUCAGGUGUGCAGAUCUGCCGACGAAACUGUGUCACAUGCUCUGUUCCUUUGUCCUGUGGCGUCAACGGUUUGGUCAGCUACUGCUCUACCUUUGCCUGUCCAAGGUUUCUCUACUUCGGUCUCGGAGAACAUUGGUCAUUGUUUGAGGCUUAUUACUAAUACUGAUCUACCAUCGUCCCUACGCCUUGCUAUACCUUGGAUUUUAUGGGAGAUAUGGAAGGCUCGUAAUGGGAUGGUUUUCAAUAACAAGCUGCAGGACCAUCAUGUGUUAAUUGCAGGUGCGGUGGCGGAUGCUGAGGAAUGGUUAAAACUGAAUGAGUUGCAGAAGCAAGAGCAAAGGUCAGUUGUGGGUAUUAUGCGAGGGGGUAUGUCACAGAAGAGGUGGACUAAACCAGCGUUUGGAAUACUGAAAUGUAAUAUUAACGCAUCUUGGGCUAGUAGUCAGCACUAUGCGGGGGGAGCUUGGAUUCUUAGGAAUCAUGUAGGUGAUGUUCUGUUCCAUUCCCGGCAUGCGUUUCUACCGACAGUGAAUAGAAUUGCUGCAGAACUACAAUGUUUGCUUUGGUGUUUGGAGAGUUUACAGAUCUUACAAAUCCUCUCGUUUGAAGUCUGGACAGAUUGUGAUGCAGUAAUUCAGGCGCUUGAAAAACCGCAGGCUUGGCCUAAGUAUCGUUCACUGCUUCAUAAGAUAAGCCAAGUUAUGGUGCAUUUGCAGAAUGUAUCAAUACACCUUGCGUCACCUAAGUCGAAUGGAGUGGUGCGAUCGCUUGCUAAUAGUGUUACACGAGACGGCAGGUUGAACUCGUACUUGGCUAUGGGAGGUCCUGCUUGGUUACAUGAGCAGAUUGCACGUGACAGCUAUACUUAA